AGAUAUAACUACAAUACACCACCACGCGUCUCAUUCAAGUUAUCUAUCGUACGUAUAUUUAACGUGCGAUCUAUAUAUAGCUAUAGAUCCGCCCACAGUCCCCCACUUAAUUUCCUCAUCGCUCGCGUGCAGUACCUGAAAGAUCCUGAUGAUGACUUACUUCGGUCGAUCACGGGUUACGUGAGUCACCUUCAUCGUUCACGGAUCUCGCUGUCUUGGCAUUGGCAGCGGAACUGCCUUGAGCAAAACCGGUAACACGCUGCGGUGAGCGAUCAGCGUAAAUGCGCGCUGUUUGCAUGUGCCUCAACCACAAGCACAGCGUUCGCAGCAGUCGCACAGAUACUCGUCACGCGGGAUAUAUUCUACAUACCUCGUCAUUAUUAUAUAUACGCCCUUAUCAGGAUGAAAGAUAUCGAGCUUAGAGGUAGAGUGGUGAUUUACACGAUACAGGGCUGCAGCUCCUGCUAUCGCGCGAAACGUACUCUGGCACGAUUUGGUCUUCCUUUCGUGGAGGUUGACUUAAAUCUUCACGCGGAACUGAUGAAUGACUUACUAACGUGGACGUCGAGAAACAGCGUGCCUCUGAUUUUCUUCAACGAUUUGUUCAUCGGUGGAGUUAGAGAUCUGGAAAAACAGGUCUAGAAGACUUUGUCUGUGAACCUGAUCAGUAUGCUGCUCUAGUGGCAGAUCUGCGGAGCAGUGGAAUCAUAAGUGAUCAUCGCAAAGGGCUGUCUAUGUACAAACACUCAUUCACUGGAAAGAACUUUAUUGAUUGGGUUGUAAAGACAAGGGAAGUUGAUAGAGUAACUGCAAUCGAAAUGGGAGAGUCACUGAUUCAGCAGCAUUUUGCCCACAACGUGAAGCGAGCCUCUAAAUUUACUGAUGAUGCAAGUGUCUUCAGACUUCUGGAUGAUGAGCAAUCUGGGGCACUGAAUGCUGGAACCAUGUCAGAGUGCCUUCCACUACCUGCAUCUGCACUUGGUGAAUCGUUACGCCACCAGGUGCUAUCAAUCUAUGGAUCCCACCUCUCUGCAGAGGGCAAGUUUUUCAGCACGAUAAGUUAUAUCAUUGGAGGGGCUUCAUACAGUUUACAGGACAUCGAGAAUGGAAUACUAAGAGCAAAUAGAAAAGGAGUUGGCCAAUUGUUCCGUCCAUUUGGCAAGUCUGAUCCUCGUCUAAAAGUGGCAUUGCAAUCACCUGAACCACUUAUACACUUUGCACUAGUCUGUGGUGCAAAAAGCUGUCCACCAAUCAAGACCUAUUCUGCGAAGAACAUAAAUGAGGAGCUACAGAUCUCUGCCAAAUCAUUCCUGGAGUCUGAUGAUGGCUGCACCCUGGAUGUCUCUGGCCACGAGUUGGCGCUGUCCCAGAUAUUCAAGUGGUACCGGGAAGACUUCGGAAGUACGAAUGAAGAGGUGGCGCAGUGGGUGUAUUCUCACAUGGAGGAAAAUGAGAAGAAAGUGAAGCUAGGAGACAUGCUCAAGGACAAAAAUGUUAAAGUUACAUUCAUGCCUUAUGAUUGGAGCAUGAACUCUCAGUAGCAGUUGCCUGUGACUCUCGUAUAUAGAAAACCUUGUGGAAGUGUAGUGUUUUGACGGGUAACCAUAUAAUAACUAAUUUAUAGCUGGCUUUAUGUCAUUAAAAGUGUGAUAUUAUACCGUUUGUAUAUUAGUUCUUGAUUUUGUGUGUGAUUAUGACUAAUACAUAAUUAUCUUGUAUCAUUGUGGUCACAUUGUGUUUGAAACUGAGAAUGCCACUAGUUAUGUAGUUUCAUUAUGCAGAUCAGAAUUAUUCUUGUCUGUUAUUAUUUGUGAUCUUAUAUCUUAUGCAAAUUGCCAUAUGUGAUAUUUGUAAUUAUAAUCUCUGGAAUUGGAAAUGUCCUAUUCUUGGAACCAUGCGAGCAGCUAACAUUAGCCUUUUGUCAGGUUUCUCUUUUGCAUGCCUGCUCUCUUCAUGCCCCCAUGUCCCUCACACUCCCUGCUUCCUCUUCUCAGUUUUUCCUACCAGUGUACUGCUAACCUGGCACUCCCUCUUUCCAUGUAUAUAUAGGGGAAUUUUGCAGAAAAUAUAGGUUUAUAUUCUUUAUUGUUGUUAUAAGUUGCAAUAUUCAUAAAAUCAUCAGCUUGUUUUAGUAAAGUAAAGGAAUGACGUACUGGUUUGUUACUAAUACCAAUAUACAACAAUAUAUAUAUAUAUAUAAAUUGUUUGUUGUGCCACUUUAUAAACCAAAGCUUCCAGGAUAGUAAUAUGACUUGUGAAUGGAUGAAUUGAAUUAUGAGAGUGAAAAUACAUACAUGCAAUGAAGAUUAUUUGUUAAAA